GCAGGCGAGGGGGCGGGGCUGUCCCUGGGCGGCUAAGGCGGAGACUUGGCUGUGGCUACCACUGCAGCUGGAGCCCAGCCGGGUAGGCGAGACCGAGAGCCGUGCGGUACGCGAGGGCUGCUGGCCGUCGGCUCAAGGCCUCGGCUCCACCUGCCCGCCAGCCUACGGUGCGAUCGGUCGGCGGAGUGUGCGCCGGGCUGGGCCCAUGGCAGCGUCGGCGGCCCUGUCUGCGGCGGCGGCGGCGGCUGCCAUGUCGGGCCUGGCAGUGCGGCUGUCUCGCUCGGCUGCGGCCCGCGGCUCGUACGGCGCCUUCUGCAAGGGGCUCACGCGCACGCUGAUCACCUUCUUCGACCUGGCCUGGCGGCUGCGCAUGAACUUCCCCUACUUCUACAUCGUGGCCUCGGUGAUGCUCAACGUCCGCCUGCAGGUGCGGAUCGAGUGAGCGCCCGCAACCACCGCGCGGCCGCGGCGGCAGGGGCGCCGGCAUGAAGCUCCGCGGGACCCAGGGCCGCCGGGAGGCGGCGGGGGAAGGAGAAGGGGCGGCCCGGGCCCCCGGACCCUAGACCUCGGCGGAGGUCACGGCCACCGAGCCCCAAGCCCCGGCUCUGGUCACCCACGUCGCGGCCGGUGACGAACUGCACAGAAACUCGCGAAACGGGCCCUUUCCAUCGAACUCGAGAAAAUUACUUGAGUGCGGCCGACCUGUUGCCUCACCUUGGGCGAAGUGGGGAGCAGAAGGAAGAAAUUCUGCAGCAGGAACGUGAAUGACUGGCCCUGACCAAAGAGGCUGGCCCCUGGGCCCAGCAUCGCACGGGAGAGUCUCCUCUGGAUGGGCCUGCAUUGGUCCUGGAGGCCUUGGCUGCGCUGCUGACUGACGCCCCAGGAGCGGUGCAGAGGGGAGGCAGGACAGACCCUGGCCCUCACCCCGCACCGCUCCCACGUCUGCUCGGGUGGUGGUUGCUCAUGGUCGAUGCACUCAGAGUUCCUGGGGCUGAGCACCCCAGCAGCCUGGUUGCCCCCAGGACAGAGCGGCCGAGCCUCACACCAUGUGCCCUCCUCAGCUGCCCAGCUGGAGCCCGGGUCCCAGGUGAGGAUCUCUGCCUGCCUCACCCCGGGGCCGGAGGCUGCACCGCGGCCACCACGUGCCCCCCACAGAUGCCCACCGACGGGGCCUGAUGGCUUCCUUCCUUGUGCCAAGUCACCCGGGAGCCCUGGUCCUGGUGGCCCUCCUCCAGCCCAACUGUGCCCACCCAGGGCCACUUCUGGGAGCCUGCCAGCCUGCGGACUGCAUCCCUGGAGCUCUGGGGACAGCCUCUGAGACUGUGCCACGGGGCUGCAUGGGAGGAGAGCAGAGGACGAGGGGCCUCCUUGGGGCUGAUUCGCAGACGUGCCCCUUUCAAGCCCAGCUCUCACCCUCCGGGUGGCUCGAUCCCCAGCUCCAGCCUCUUGCUGGGCCAGCCUGAGAGGGCCUGAGAAUGGCACAGGGGAGGCUCUUCGCUGACCGCGUGGGUGCCCGUGUGUGAGUGCGCAUGUAUGAGUGUGUGCGGGUGUGCGGGUGUGUGUGAGUGAACGUGCGGGUGUGAGCGCGUGUGUGAGUGCUUGUGCACACACACGAGUGGCUGUGCGUUGCAGCGGGCGCGGAGCUGUUGAGCAGAGUGAGCUGUGCAGGGCGCCCUGUCCUCCCUGGGCUCCGGGCUCAGCCGGAGCUGCCUGGGGCUGCUUCCCAACAGGGAGAAUGCGCGCUGGAGGCCCAGGGGCCCGGGCUCAGAGACCCCCUCCCACCCAUCGUGGGAAGGGCACGGCGGUGGCCCUGGCUGGGGCUGUCUGCGCUCUGAGGGGCUGGCCGUGGGAGGGGCCGGGGACGCGUCCUUAGCAUGCGCUCCUGCCGCGGCUGUUCUUACGGUUCUGGCCCUGAGUCCUUAGCUGCUUCCGCUUCCCACCUCUUCCUCGUCUCCCCCGCUGGGCCCUUGCUGCUUGACGGGCUCGCAGAGCACUUUAUUUAUUUGCCGUCUGUUUCUCAGGCAGCGGAGCUUUUACAAAAUCAGACACCGACUUGAAUAAGACAACUUCCACUUUCCUGUGUGUGAUGUACUCUGCACCGGGCAGCAGCGUCUGGUCAGAGAAAUGUUCUUGUUUCGGGUGUUGUCAAAUCUUGUUGUCUGUCUCAGUUAAGAAGAAAGUCCUUUGAGUUCAAUCAAAUAAAACCUGGAGGCCUCCUGUUUCUGCCGCCUCGGAGGAGAGAGGGGCGGCGAGCUCACCCCGCUCUGGUGGCCGGGAGCUGGGGGAGGGGAGCACCCCGAGGGCUCUAAGGGGGCGGGGCUGAGGGCGGGGCUGGUGCCGGGUCAGAAGAUGAGGCGAGACCCGAGCUGAGCCGGACCACUGCUCCCGUGAGGGGAAGGCAGCAGCACAGGCCUGGCCCAAGAGGUGGCACUUUGUCCCAUUCACAAACUUUAUUUGAAUCAACUAACGCCUAGGCCUUUUCUUCAUCUUAGAGGCUGGUGUUAGAAGGCGCGUAAUUCAGCUGAACCCCGAGGGUGGGCUGCGGUAGGCGAGGUGGAAUGGACUGUCUGCAGAUCAUUUUGUGUCCCCGAAGGCCCUUCCGCAGCCGCAGGUGGCAGGGUCUCCAUCACCUCCCAGCUGGCCAGGUGGCGUCUGAGUUUUGGAGAAGAUCAACCUCUGGGACUGGAAACCUGCCUCCCUUACUCCCACCUUAGACGCAAGCUGUCCCGGCAGAGAAGCCGGGGCGGGGGCUCUGAGGCUGCUGCAGGGGGAGGGUGGGCCGAGGACAGAGGGCUGGGGAGGGACGCCUGCAGGGGAGGGCAGCACCCGCCUCGGAGGAAUGCAGGCCCAUAGGACCCAGGAGAGGGGUGUCCUGAGGACUCGGGGUGUGGUCACACGAGGAGCGCAGCCUGGGGUAAGACACCUGUCGCCAAGAGCUCCGCAGGUGUCAGUGCAACUUGACAAGAGGGCCUCUUCCAGCAUCCGGCACCCUAGGAGGGAGGGGUAGACUCCAGUCCCGGCCAGAGCCCCGAGCUUCCCGUCCCUUGGUCCAGAUGGUCCUGUUCAGUCCCUGAUGGUUCUGCACCCACUUCAGGGACCAGGUAGCCUGGCACAGCCAGAUGGGAGAGAGGAUCCAGCACCCAGGGGCCAAGGGACCGUGAUGAGGGAGGACCGUAUUCCCCCGCGAGGGAGGCAGGCAGGCUGGCGCAUCACACUCUGGUUAAGAGGGGCGCCUAGGACACCAGACACCUGUGCGCUGAGCCCAGCUCUUCCACUGACCACAGCGGAGCCCCAGGCCAGCCACGGGCACUCGUACAUUUUCAGAAAGGAGCCUUCAGGGUGCUGUGGGCCUUCAGUGUGAGGAUGUCUCUUCAACAAAUGGCCCCAGGUCUCAGCCAGAGCAGCCCUGCCACCAUGAGGAAAGGAAACGAACUGGCAGGUGAUGAGAGCCUGCCGAGCUCCAGGCACCAUGCCUUAACCUCAUUAUCCCCAUGGCCACCUUCUGGAGGAGGUCACCACUAGGAUGUCACUGAGGUUGAACCUCGAGCUGG